CCAAUGGGAGCCUUUUAAAGGCGGGACUAUUCACGAAGGACAGCCAAUGCGGUGUCACGUUUAUGAUACGUUUCCUAGCAUUAGUUGCAUCCGGGUGUUGACUUUGGGGUUAAACACUGAAGCAACUGACUUUCAGUCUCGAGGAUGUUCGGAUCACUUCGGGUGCUGUUGCAGGUGCUGUGGGCCCAUCUGCUCUGUGGGUGGGUGCUUGGCUCUGAGCUGACUUUUGAGCUGCCAGACAACGCCAAACAGUGUUUUUACGAGGACAUUAUCAUUGGCACCAAGUGUACUUUGGAGUUUCAGGUUGUAACGGGUGGCCAUUAUGAUGUGGAUUGUCGUCUCGAGGACCCAGAUGGCACAACACUCUACAAGGAGAUGAAAAAGCAGUAUGACAGUUUCACCUUUACAGCAGCCAAGAACGGGACACACAAGUUCUGCUUCAGCAACGAGUUCUCCACCUUCACACACAAGACGGUUUACUUUGACUUCCAGGUCGGUGACGACCCUCCACUUUUCCCUAAUGAGAAUAGGGUCACUGCUCUUACUCAGAUGGAGUCUGCGUGUGUGUCUAUCCACGAGGCACUGAAGUCUGUUAUCGACUACCAGACACACUUCCGCCUCCGCGAAUCCCAGGGACGCAGUCGGGCCGAAGACCUGAACACCCGCGUUGCAUUCUGGUCCAUUGGAGAGGCGGUUAUCCUGCUGGUGGUCAGCAUCAGCCAAGUGCUCCUGCUAAAAAGCUUCUUCUCUGACAAGAAGACCACUAUGACUCGUGUUGGAUCAUAACAGCAUUUGAGUUCAGGAUCGGAUUCAUUGCUUUUUUCUGUACCUGGGUUUGUGUGCGUAGAGUGGGUAGGAAUAGCAGUGCUGCACAGGAAAUGAAUCAUAUCAGACUACCAGAUGAGAUAAUCUGACAAUUUCUCAUUUAGCACUGCUGUUCUUAACAACCUCAUGCAUAUUAGUUUUGAGGGGGAAAAGUGUGUUUAAAGUUGUUGAAGAGGAAGGAAAAAUGAAAGGAAGGCUUGAUUGGAUAGUUGUCUGUAUUUGAGUCUGUUCAAGUUAGUUCAGUAGUUUGAAAAAAAUCAGAAUUUCUAAGUGUAUUUUUGCUUUUAUUUGUGUUUUUUGCACCUUUACCUCCCACUUGCCUCCCGCCCUUCCAAAUCUGCCGUGACUUUCAGCCCAUAGUGCAGUUGGUAAUGAGCAAAGUGAUGGUAGGUGAGACAAAACUCCUUAUGUGCAGGUCACUGCAUCUCUGAAAUCAGUGCUAAAGGCACUUCCAAAAAGUUUUAUUAAAAAAAAAAUCUUACUUUCAUGAAUAUCAGUUUAGUGAUGUGAACAAGAUGCAUUUGUCACAUGAAAUAAGCUGAGCUGAGUUUGCUGUACAGAGAACCCCCCCCCCCCCCCCCCUUUAUUAGCUUGGCUUGAACGAGUGCAUACCGUCAGUUACCCAAUAACUUAAAAAGCAGUGUCAGAUCAACAAAAUUAGAAAAUUAGUUUUUGUGUAAAAUACCAUCGGUUUUAAAGUCACCAGCUUCUACAAACUUUCAUUUGCUCCAUUGCAAACAUGAGUAAGGUUGUCUUUCCUGUUUUAAAGUCUGACAGUAUAUUUAUCUUGUAGACUCAGUGACAUUUUGGUUUUAUACAUGAUGUGAAUUUGUGUGCUGGAAGGUUAUGGGGUGGGAAUAUUCCAGUAUUUUUGGUUUGAAUUUGUAAUUUGAUUAAAUCAUAUAAAGAGUAAUUGGGUUGUUUAAAUAAACAAUGAAUUGAAUGACAUCUGAGAAUACAA